AUGGCGUCUGCUGCUUCUGUCUUCUCUCCCCAGAAUUUUAUACUACUCCGCUCUAAUCCCUGCUAAUGAGCGGCCUUCUUGACCCCCUAUUUGCAGAAUGUCUCAACCUGAUCCCGCCAACAAUGUACAGCAAGUCUCCUACAGCACAAAGAACAGCCGCGGGGGCAUCCUAGAAGCCGAACGCACCACUGCCGACGUAACCGGCCCUACCGACAGUCAUGCCCUGUCUAAGGUGGACCAGGACGAGAAGGGGCUUGCCCAGAGGGCCGGCGACACCGACACCAUUACAGAUGUGGGAUGGGACAAACCGCCUGAGCAAAUCCACGAGCGCGUGGUAUCAGGCUUGUCUAAUGAAGACCUCUGGAUGCUCAUCCGACGCUUCAAUAAGCAAAUCUACUAUGUCAAAGCAAUGCCGGAAGCCCCCCUUCAGCGGCUCGACUUGAACCGGGCGGAAGACGAGCAGUUCUCCCCCGACAAACUGCGAGCAACCCUCGAGCGCUUCUAUACCACCAUCGUGGUGUCUCUGACUGCCUUCGUCAAACAUAUUGCAAGACUACGCUCGUGGGGGGAGCGCAACCGGACAGCAGGAUUCUGCCUUGUCUACUUUGCUGCAUGGAUACUUGAUCUCGUCGCACCCACAUUCUUUGCUCUGCUCUUGGUGUUGGUCGUCAGCCCCCAGUCGCGGGAAUUCUUAUUCCCUCCUGCCCCAAUCCCGCUCGUGAACGCGGGCACAGGUGGCAUCCAGAAGCCCAAAGCAGGGGUUCUGGGCUCGCAUGACAGCAUCACAGGAGCACCGGAGAACAUGAAAGGUGAAGCAGCUGAGCAGGAGGCUUCGAAUCUCAUGACUAGUGUGGCCAGUGUCGCCGUGGGUAGCGUAGCGGGAAAGCAUGACCAGGGAACUCCGGACGACGCGCCUAUAGAGUCGUCGGUGCCUGAUGCCAUGGAGAUAGCUACCAGUGCAGCGGAUGCGCAGACGGCCGCCCAUGGAGAGGCCACGGACGAGUCCCACGACAAGACUAAGGAGCCGAUGAGGGAUACAGUCUACAACGCUGCGAACCUAGCCAUGCGCAUCCUUGCUGAUAUUAUCGACACCUACGAGAGGUUUGCCAAUGCACUGUCUCCGACACCCCCAUUCUCAAUGAUCACCCCCUACCUGCGCCUGGCGAGCGUGCUAUCAGUGGGCUUCCUAGGCUCUCUCAUUAUCUCCAGCUAUAUGCUGGUCAAGAUGAGUACCUUUGGCGUAGGCUUUGCAUUCUUCGGUGACCCAAUCAUCAGGCGAGCGGUGUCAUACCUGAACCGCGAAUUCCCACGGUGGGAGAAACUCCUUGAGCUUCAGAACUCCCUGCUCAAGGGAAUCCCCACCAACGCGCAGCUCACCCUAACGCUCCUCCGCAUCGGCGAAGCCAACGGCGCGCCCCUGCCCCCACCCCCCUCCCACUCCCUGCACACCACACCCUCGCAACCGGCCGACGUGCGCAACGAAGACAUCCCACUAGACGCAACCGACGAAGAAAUCAACGCCGCAAUCGCGCCCACCCCGGCACACGAACAACCCGAAGCACACGAAAUCCACCCUCACCCGCCCAAAAAGGGGUUCGCAAGCCGCAUGAUCGGUUUUUUCCGGGGCACAACAGCAACGGGCAUCGAAAGCAAGCUGGCCGUCGACCGCGCCAAAGCAGCCGUCGGCUCCAAGCGCGCGAAAGGACGCGUGGGCGUGCUCCGCAAGAAGGGCCAGAUCACGCUACCGUCGGGGCCCGUGCAAUUCGAUGGACGGUACCGAGGCAAACGCGGGGUGCUGGUGAUCGACCAGUCCGCGACGCCGGCGGUGCUGUACUUCACGACGGACCACUCGGUGCAGCUGGCAGGCGCGGACCCAACGCUCGCGCGCCGCCCCAAGGGCUCCGUGCUGUUCACGAUGCCCGUGGCUGAUAUCCGGGAGAUGCGCAAGGUCGGCGGCCUCGGCUGGAAGGGCAAGCUUGUGACGGGCUGGGCCGUCGGCAGUAAGGAGGUCGUCGACGGGUUGAAUCUUGUGGGUCGUCUGCCUGAGCAGAAUUAUCAGCUCACUGCUAUGAAGACCCGUAAUCAGCUGUUUAAUCGCCUGGUGGCUAUCGAUGGACAGGUUUGGAAAUAAAUCUUCCCGGUUUCUUAUUACCCUCUUCUCGGUUUCGGACAUGUGUGGUUAUUUCGUUGGAGGUGUGAUUGAGGACCGGACGGUCGGGUAGGCAGGGAGUUGAUGGCCUUAUGAUGGAUGUUGG